AUGACUAUUCCUCUGGUUUUGAGUCUGAUCGGAUAUGUCGUUCUGCUUGGGGUGAACAUCGACAAGCAGAAAGGUAUUGCAUAUAUGGCCAUCUUCUUCUGCACCACCGAAGCAUACCCCAUGAGCGUGAUCUUCUCGGCUGGGACUGUCGCCAAUAUUCCCAACUUGAAUUCCCGUGCCCUUACUACCGGCGUGCUGUUGGCAUGUACUAACUCUAUAGGCCUGGUUGCGUCUAACAUCUUUUUCGCCCGGGAAGCACCCCGAUAUCAGACCGCCCUCAUUGUGAAUAUGGCCUUCCCCUGUGCCGGAAUCCUCUUCACUGUCAGUUAUUCUCUCUACCUGAGAUCCCUGAACAGGAAAAUGACGAAAGAGGAGGUAUCAGGCGGACCGGCGCCCUUUAAAUUUCAAACCCAAGGCGUCAUGGAGGGUUCAUCCAUCUCUACUUUUGUUUCUGCCGGAAUCUGA